GUGGCUCGGCUUCUCUCUCUCAAAUCUUCUCCUCGACGGCAACGACGGUGGCAAAGUCGGUCUCCCUUGGUGGCUCUGAGAAUCGCAUCAAAAUCGCCAAGGCCGGAGCCGUUAAUGAUCUCCUCUUCGGAUCCGAUGUGCUCUGCUAAAGAGAACAAACUCAGAGCCGUGUAGUCGGGUUAUUAAGGAAGGAGAAGCUGAGAUUCUUAUGCAUAAGAAGAACCAAGUCUUCUUCAACAAAGCUCAGGGAUGUGACGCAAGAUGCAAUGUUUUGGGAAGCCCCAACAGCAAGCGGCUUCCUUGGUUUGGCCAUCAGCUUCACUUCGAUGUGGUUCUUGUAUCAAACCGGACCCACAACGUACAGGGGUUUCAUUCAUCAAGGUUCCGAUAUCAUUAUCUGGUCUUGUACUCUUUGAUGUCCCUCUCAGUCUCCCAAAUUUGUUCAGCAUACAUUUUGGUUUAUUUGCUGGUGUUGUCUUUGCCAGAGCCAAAAUGUCAUAAUCGUGUUUCCAAGUCAAAGUACAACUCGUUGCAGAAUCUCAGGACCGAUGGUGUCUCCUUUCACAAGUCUUGCUUCAGGUGCUUUCACUGCAAAUCCACCCUUCAAGUCAGUUUAUUUCUUCCCCCUUCCAACACUCUAUCUAUGAAUAUGAAUGACUGUUUGACAAUAACUUGGAUUGUCUAUGUUGAUGUUUUCAUAUGUUUGUUAUUCCUUUUUCUUCUCAUGUUUUUCUUUGUACUUGUUAAAUUUUUUUUAAAGAACUCUUAG